CGAUCGGAGCGGCGACAGUAAACAGCUGGCGACGCUCUGCGUCAGUGCGAUACGUAGAACGGGACAGUGCGGAGCAGGUCCGCCCGUCGUCCCCCCCCUUUCCCUUCCAUCCAAUUAUAUCCAGGCGAGAUCCCUGACCGACGACGCAUUUCUCGGCUGCUGUCCAAGUCAGCCUUCCAAGUCUCGGAAGCCAGGUCGCACUGACGGACGCGGAGUAAACCUGACACAUCCGCACCGCCCGCAACAACGUCGAUCCGUCGACGACGAAGGCAGCUGAGCGAGCGGCGUCAUCGUAGGAAAAGCAGCGGGGAAAGCGGAGUCUCUUUGUUCAGCGCGACCGCUCUCUGCGCAUAGACUGUCAGUGGCGCACGGCGCAGCAUUGUUUGUGUUGUGUCGCGCUGUUGUGCUUUCCCGUUUCGCGACCCCCUCCCCCACGUUUCUCGUCUCGGGGCGGCGUCGGUCGUCCCGGAUAAAUCGCGCGGAUUCUCUCCAGGGAGGAAGAAAGCCAGCAUCUAUUCCUCCACCCAUCGACGACGGUGACGAGCGAGCGGACGAACAAACCCCAUCGUCGUCGUUGUCGUCGUCGUCGUCGUCGUUGUGUCGUUGUGAGUCGUUGUGACCGCCGUCGUCGUCGCCGAUGAACGUCGGCGGUGUCGCUCGAAUCGAGAGGCGAGCGAGCGAGAGAGCGCGGCGGCGGCGGACGCGGUGGCGUAACGCAGCGCGCGAGUGCUUUGUUUUGCCGAGCAGCUGAUCCGCGACGCGACGCGACGCGACGCGACGAACGGCAACAGCAGCAGCAGCGGGAGCAGCAGCUACGCUCGUUCCAGCGGCCAACGCUCGCGCGCUCGUACACACACGCGUCGCUCGGCGUUACACGAGACUUCGGAGCAGCGAAGUCCAGCCUCCUCGCCAGCGCGGGGGGACCUCUUUCCGAAACGUCGAGACGGAAAGCCGCGGAAAGAACGGCGACGACAUCGAAAUCGAUUGCCGUGCGCCUCGCGUCGCCAGAUGGAUUUUCGUCAAGUCUGACGUAGCGCGACGCAUCGCGCGACUAUAGAAAACUGAAUCGAUCUCGACGAUCGGACGACGCUCCGCGAGGGUGGGAGCGAGCAAUGGUGGUGUGAGCGCGACGGAAAGGAUCCAAGUCCUCGUUUCUUUUUUCUGUCUCCCGAGACGGACUGUGAUAUAUAUAUAUUGUAUAUCGGGUGUUUAAAUCCCCGACGCGCUGAUCGCAGUCAGCUCGAUGACGUGAAUCGCGCGGGGAUUAUGACAUAAGAUAGAAACAGAGAGAAAGAGGGGCGAGAAAGGCGCGAUUGACCCCCGACGACGACGACGACGACGGCGACGACGACGACGACGACGACGACGACGACGACGACGACGACGACGACGACGACGACGACGACGACGUUGCUCUCGUCGUUCCCCCCGCGUGCCAACGGAAGCAGCGCGGAGCGAAUUUUCGAGCGGAUGAACGCUCGAGCGCGCUUAGCGAGGAGCUGACUUUCCCCUUGCAGUCGCGGCGCGGCGAACAAAGGAAACGACGACGCGCGGACGCUACUCGAAGACGCGUUGACUCGACGACACGAGUUCUCCGGUCUCCUGACGAUCGGCAAUCGAAGAUCUCGUCCACUUCCGCGCGCGCGCGCGCGCGCGACCGAGAGACAAGGAUAUCUGGAUGAUCAUCUGCAACGCGACGCGACAACACUCAGGGAAUCCGUCUCGGGAUCGACGGCGAGGAUCGCGUUGAUCGAUGCGGCAUAGUCUUGGGGGGGCCGUCCUCGCGAACGAUCGAAAACGUGGGGUACGGCCCCGAGCGAGCUGACUAAGGGAACCGUCCAAGCCGAGGGCCAAUCCUGCUGCUGCCUAGGGCCCACGGUGGAGAAAGGAAGAGAGAGAGAGAGAGAGAGAGAGAGAUCCUCGUGACGGAGGUUGUUGUAGUGGUUUCUACUCGUGUGUCGCCAGAAGGCGCCUAACCACAAGACAAGCAACAUGCUCUACAUCUUCCACGUUGAUACCGGCACCACCAUCACCUUCGACAUCAAGCUGGCACUGCAAAGUGUCAGCCAGCUGAUGGAGGCGAUCGAGAGGGAAUGUGGUGUGGUAGCGGCGCAUCAGGUGCUGCUCAUGAGCGGAGGCGAGUGCUUGGAACCAACUGCACGUGUGUGCUCCUACUCGGCUGGAACCGACACGAACCCGAUCUAUCUGUUCAGCAAGGCCGCCAUUGAGAGCAGCCUCCCACCCACGCCGAGUAUAGAUUACGGUUCCGAUGUCGACCUGCAGACUCAGAUCGACGCCUCGCUGGCGAUGCCGGCCACCUAUCAGACCCUUUGCGCACGUGCUCACUUGGCUCAGCAGUGUUGCGGCCUGGCGCGAGAGCAGACGAGAAUCUGCGAGAGGCUGGUUCACGAUCAGCAUCUUCAACAGCAGGGCUGGGCCGCGGUGGUCGCCAAUCUCGAGGACAUAACGCACAUGUUUCAAACACGAGCCGAGCAGUUCCAGCAGGCCUUCGUCGCGUACCUCGCCGAAAGACAGCAACACAUGAAGCUCCUCGAUAAUUUCAGUGCCGAUCUUGGUACUCUGGCGAAAAUUCCAAUUUUGCCGGCUUUGAGAGCCCAAGCCGAAGGCUUGUUAAGUCCGGACGAUCAACCGAGUCAAACCUCCGAAAGCACGUCGGAGGACAGUGGGGAGGUGCUGAGUCUGCUACGAUGGAUCUCUGCGAAAGACAAUCAGAGCAGCCUGGAACAAGUGGCGGAGCAAUGCUCGCGCGGCCUGGAGCAGUUCGAUGAACGAUUGAUGCAGGCCUUGAAGGCGGAAGUGAACGCGGCCAUCGAUAAUGCUAACAAGCAGGAUAUGAAGGAGAUCAAGGGCCUAGGUGAGAGGCUGUUUGCCCUGGAACAGCUAAUGGUGCAGACCAAGAGGCUCGUUCACGAGCAGGGCGAGCUUGCUCAAGGUUUCUUGCAGAAUCAGAAUCGCGCGAGCAAUUUGGGCGACGCGAGCGUCCUGCCAGAUCUUUGCAAUUCUCACCGGCGGCAAUUGCUCGUCAUGUUGCAAAAUCACAACCAGUUACGUGACAUCCGCCGCAGAUGCACGAAGGCGAAGGAGGAGCUUUCGGUGAACAUCUAUCAUCGCCUGAAGUGGAUCAUGUACGUGGAGAACAAGAUGGUGGAAGUGGGCAACAAACUCAUCAUAUAUCACGAGAGCCUGAAGCGUUUGCGACGGCAUCUGGAGGUGCUCCAACAGAUCCACUUGGCUCCGCAAAUGUAUAUAAGUGCCGUGGUUGAGGUUGUUAGGAGGCGCACCUUUUCGCAAGCGUUCCUCGUGUGGGCGAGCAAUCUGGCAUGUCAGCUUUUGACUGUUCACAGCGAAGAAUUGGCGCGUAGGCGAGAGUUUCAGAGCAAAUUCGACGGUCAUUUUUUGAAUACCCUCUUCCCAGGUCUGGAGGACACGCCACCGCCCUUCGCAACGCAAGCACCUUCCGUUUUCGACAACGGGCUACCCAAGUUGACCGCGGACGAUAUGGAGUCAUUGAGAUCGCAACUUCCGGAUUUGGCGCUUACGAUUUCUACGCCGGAUUUGAGCAGUAUCACACAAUUCUUCUUAGCCAAGAGCUUUACCGAAGGCAGUACCGACGGCACGAAGGAUAAGGAUACCACAUCGGUGAGCACAGAUAUUCCUACGAAGGAACAAGAACGCACUAGAGCGCCGUUGUUGUCCGACAGAGGCGACUUCGAAUCCGAAACUGAUACAGAGGAGUUCGAGAAGAUCGGUCAAGCCGGCGUGGACGUGACUAAGCCCGGCGCAUUCGACGGGACAAAACAGAAGCGGCAGAAGCAAUUGGAGGUUGGUGCCUCUCGAAGCGUGUCCCCCGCUUCUUCGACCUCGACUAACGUCUCCCCACUAAACUCGAAAGUCGCGGACUUAACUACGCGUUCGUCCACGUCAAGCGAACCCGGCUCUUUCCAAUUUCCUAGUCUAUCCACCACGAGCGAGCGUCCGGUGCAACUAAGUCCGCUGACCGAGUGCGUGGAGAAUGGCGCGGCCGAUUCUUCCAGUUGCUUGCUUCGCAGCGGCGCGAACUACCGUGACGCCCUGCCGCUCGAGGAGCAACAUUCCUUGAGUCCAAACCCUUCCUCCUUGCCACCGUCCUCUGUCAUGUGCGACGGCCAGCAACAGCAACACCAGCAUCCGCUGUCCGGUAGCGGUGGUAGCAGUCCCUCCGUCGGCGUGGGUGCUACCGACUUCAUGGGUACCGAGUUUUACAUGGACGAAUCCUUGCCGAGCAGCCUCAGUGAGCAUCCCGCCGACGGCCAGCAUCAGGCUAUCGUGUCCCUCCUUCAGGAGAAUCUCGGUAACACGCGCGAGGAAGUGGAGAGGUUGCGAACUAUCCUGAGGACCAUGAAAGCGAUCGUAUGCGAGGAGCUCAGCUCCGUGCGAAGUGAAUUGGUGAUUCUGCGAGAUCAGUCUAACGAGGACAAGAGUGGCAUUGUCGAGAUGACGGAGCGCGUACGAGUGGCGUUGUCUUUGCAUUCGCGCGAGUACGACCGGCGUCUUCAAGAACGUGAGCAGGAACUGACGAUCGAGCACGAGUACAAAAUAGCAGAUGUUAAGAAGCUGUUGCAGAGUCGUGAGGAAGAGAUCUGCACGCUCAAGCGUAAUCUCUUGGAAAAAGAGACCGAAUUGGCGGAACACGAGCGACUGGUGUCUACGAUGCAUCAAAAGUUGGAUGACGAGCAGAUCCAGAGCAGAAACUUGCAAACUCGUCUACACCAAGAACUCGAAGAGUACUCAUUAAUACUGAAGGAAGAGCGCAUUGAGAGAGAGGAGGAAAUAAAGAAAACAAAUGAUGAGAGAUUCCUCGAGAUCACUUCUUUGACGAAUUCAUUGACGCAAUGUCAGAAGCGAAUUCAAGAAUUGGAGAAGAAUCUGGCCACUGCGCGCAAUGAUCAGGAAAGAAUGGUGAAAGAGGCGACCGAUAAAUUGCAGUUGGAAUAUAAAACGGAGUUGGAAACUAUUAGAAGUCGCUUCAAACUUAUGACCGCUUCUACCAUGGAAAGAAGUCCCAGCGAUUCUAGUUUAGAGAAGAUUGAACGAACAGACGUUAUCGAGCUCGUGAAUCACGAGGCGAUUCUGGCGCAAGCAAGGGAAGAUAUGAAAAUCGAGAACGCCAUGGCAGUUCGUACUGCCAUUGAAAAGGAAAGGGCCGAUUGCAUGGCAAAAUUGGAUAAUGAAUUAAGAGUGGCAAAGGAAGUAGUCGAAGAGAAAAAUAGGGAAAUUGAAAUGUACAGAAUGAGAACAGCCGCGCUGAUGGAACAGGGCAAAAAUUACAAGAGUAUGAUAGAUCGAUUAAUUGAAGAAUUUGAACUGAAAUCGGAGGUGCAGCAAACCUUGAUGGAGAAGACACAGAUGAAAAAUCUUGAAGCGGACAAAGCGUGGCCGAAGAGCAAAGAAACUGUAGAAAAAGUAAUGCGAACGGUCUUAGAGCAGAACGAAGAUAUUGCGUAUCCCUUAGAAUCUGGAAUAUGCAAAGACUUAAGUUACGACCGAUUGGAUGCCGGUCAAAUUGAUCUGGAGGACUUCAAGGAAAGCGAAAAGUAUGAAGUUGAGGUUUCGGAAUCGAAAAAAGUACGAUUGGAGGCUGACGACGAUGAUCUGGCUCGGCUAUCGAGGCGACUUGAAUCUCUUGAAAAUGACAAUAAGAGGCUGUCCUGCGAGCUGAAUUCGAUACGCGCGAGUAAAGUGGCAGCUGAGGCAAAAGUGGAGGCAUUAAUGACGGAUAAAAUUCGUUUGGAGAUCGAGUUGCUGAAGGAGCGAACCAAGAGGACAUUCGGUAUUGACUCGGUAUCCCUGGAAAGCCGUGAAAAGGAUAUGAACGCGUCGGUCGCAGUGGUUUCGGACUCAAAUUCGAGUCGAGACGCGGCCACGAGUCCAGAGCCGAGUCGACGAUCAUCUUCCAAAUCGAUAUGCUUCCACCCCUCUCUUUCCUCAUGCAUACACAAGAAAGUCGCGGAAAAAGUAACAAAGAUGGUGCAGCAAGGAAUUGUCACCAUCACUAGUUGCAAUCCAGGCGAUGUUGUGCUUGUAGUCUGGGACGCUGUACACGGCAACUAUGCGGUGUACCAGGAAUCCUCGACUUUUUAUUUUCUUCAUUCGGACUACGUAGAUGCACUGGACGUAGGGAUGAAUCCGAGUGGUUCCCGGAAGUGCGUCCUCGCUGAAGUAAUCGACAAGGAAUACUGUCAUGCGAGAAAGCACGAAAAUCGGUAUCAUGUCCCACGUGGCACGAAAUUCUACAGAGUGCGCGCCAAGCCGCGAGAUGCACGCGCGUUGACAGACGAGACCUGUUCAAUGUCGAAGAGUCAACUACCGUAAUUUUCGUUCAGACUGUGUCGAGAAUCCCUUGAUUCUUGCCUAGUACAAGCGCUGUGAUCGAGGGUUUGCGUCGGCAGGCCGCGUUCGUUAGGGGACCAGCGACCCGGAACGCAAAUCCUGAACCUACGUCUCCGCAACCAUCCGGAAACCUCGGAUCUAGGCCAAAACCUGCCAGAGCCUCUAGACGCAUCCUUGAUAUCGAUGAAUGCUAGGAGGGGGUGAAACCAUGGAAAGAGGUAUGCGCAAGUUGGGUUAACAUGAAAUGAGACGGAAGGAUGCGCCGGCGUUUUAUUGUGAUAUAAGUAAUUUUUAAACGAGUGAAACAUAUUUGCCGAAUGCUGUGGUUAGCUGUGAAGCGUAACGAUAUUUGUAUUCUUCGAUUUUCCUUUUUUCAUAAACGAAAAAAAAAAAACAAAGGGAUGUGAGUGUCGUCGACGAUUCUCUCUUUCAAUAAUGCGAUAGGCUGACCAGUGUGUAAGAGAGAGGGAUUGUUCAAUAUGUAGAUGUACAAUGCGGGAAGACGACAGCGUGUCCCACCAGACAACGUUCAGCUUCCUCUCUCCGCAUUCCGAUAGUUAUGUUUGCGUUGUGUGAGACAAGAGACGUAGUUGUAAGUUUUACAAAAUUGACAUAUUAUGGGAACGUGCGAUUUAUAUAUCGUGAAUGUAUAUAGUUACAUGUAUAAUCGCAUUUGAUUAUAUAUAUAAUUAUAUAUUAUAUAUAUAUAUAAAUAAAGAUAUAUAUGUAUAUAAUUAUAUUAUACUACACACAUACACACACGUACACACAUAUUAUUGUACGAGGCGUGCAAUAUCUGCGUACAAAAAUCUCGUAGGUCCUAAAGAUUUUAGGGGCUAAGAUUUUGUAAAAAGUGAAAACUGUCUCGUGAAUGUGUUGUGCAAUUUCGUAAGUACAUCUAGUACGUCGGGUUAUUUAUACGAAGAGAUCGUGUUACGCGACAUCGAUAUAUUUCCAAUGAUUCUCUUUUGACAAUGCCUUGCGUACUUUUUGUCGCAAAUCGUUCUUUCACUCUUUGCAUACUUUCAUUUUCCUCUUUUCUUGAUACUCUCUUCGCAAUCUCUUUGUAGAAUCGGCGAGUUCAAGAGAUAGUAAACAUAAAAGUUCAAUGUUUCGUUCGAAUGGAAUGAAUGGCACAAAGGCUAUAGUACCGUUCAGUCUACUUACUUCGUUUAAAUAUAAUUUUCAAGCGUUAGUUUAAGCAAUGUCCACUGGAGAAUUGACUCCGAGAGAGAGAAAGAGAGGCGUAUACUCCGCGUAGAAAGAAUUUUAUAAUUGUGUGUACACGUAUACUUAAAUAUGUAUAUAUAUAUUAUAUAUACAUAUAUAUACAUAUAUAUACAUAUAUAUGUAUAUAUAUAUAUAUAUAUAUAUAUAUAUAUAUUCUUUUCUAUUAUUUAACUAGUAUCCACGCGAGUAUGCUCACCGCCACACAAAAGAGUCGUUUGCGGAGGAUUACUCGUAAACUCCUUUAGUUGCAUUAACGUGUAUCAUUAAACAUUGCUACUAUCGUUUCUCGCGACACGUAAACACACGUAGUACAGUACAAUAGCUGUGAUUGUUAGCUUCACGUUCUCACUUAAACUUAGUCACUUCUACUUAAUUAAACUUAAUUCCCCGCAAUAUCGAGCGAUGAUCCUUGCUUGAUUGAGGAUGCAGACAAAGGUGGAACUGGAAUCUCUAUUCCUUUUAUAUAAAAAGAAAAAAAAACAAACAACUCCUCGAUCUUCGAUGAUCAGCGUUCGUGCGCGAACUGUUUCGAAUUGAUGCAAACACGGAACGCCCGAUAAAAGGCGGUUUGCAAAAUAUGCUGAUACGUAAGAUAAAUCGUUUGGUAGAAUAUUAAGCUGUCUCAAGAUUCUUGAAGCUUGAGGAAAUAACACGUUCGCCUUUGGCGUACCGCGAAGAAGUAGUAGCUUGUAAUUACUCUUUUUGUCUUCUCGAUUCGAAACGCACGUGUACUCCGGAAACAUGCACGCGCGCAACACGAUGAAGGUCCCUUAACACGGAUCCCCUGAGGACGGACGGAGAGACAUUAAGCUUCCCUUCUCUCUCAGAAACAUUGUUCCUCACCGUCAUCAUCAUCAUCGUCAUCGUCAUCGUUUGUUGCACGGAAUCGCAUACGGAGAGAAGGGACUCAGAUACAUCGAACUAACGCGACCGCUGUCUAAAGAAACGAAGAUGCAACGCGUUUUAUUACUGUCACGCCGAUGAAAAGUCACUCAAUUCAAUUCGACCUCCGUAUGCGAUUUCCAUGUUCAUGUGCACUUACGAUUCCUACUAGUUCAAACUUUUUUGUAGGUUCGAUAGCGCCAGGGAAGCUCGAUGCACCGAAACCCUCCAAGCACGCGAAACUAAAUAUCACAUUGCUUCGAACUGACUAUUUUUCGAUAAAUCACUUACUCUCACACUUAUAUGAUCGCUCUCUUUUUUAGAUAUAUUUAUAAAUUUGCAACACCAACGCGGCUAUUGAAAAUACGCGAAUGAUUCUGAUUUUAUCGUUAUACAUUUGGACGUAAGUAGCGUUGUCGAACCUUGCAGGAAGAGAAAAAGAGAACGAGAUGCGUUUGCACAUACGUAAUCUACAAUUUUCAAAAGAUUCUAAGUCAUUAUCAUCGUUUAAGAUUGUGUGUGGUCUUCAGAUUAAUUCGAAUAAUCUGAAAAGGUGAGAUUCUUCAAAAGGAUACUCACUACUCUCUAAAGGAAAAGUAGCCUGUUGCUGUAAACAUGUGUAGAUAAAUGUGUCCGCGUAUGGUACUGAUUUACACCUAACAUGGAGCUCGAGAAUUGACGAGGAAACAAUAAACUGUGAAGUCGAAAAGCGGUCCUUCGACGUUGCUGCUUAUGUUUCCGCUGAAAAACUCGAAGCCUCUACCUUCGCGCAUCUUCGAAAUAAUUUUUCGCACCAUGUGGCACAGGACUAAGCGCAGCAAUGCUUCACAGCUUCUAAUCUAUAAUUUCAAUUUUUCGUCCUUAAAAGAUACUCUAACGAACUACGUUGUUGCUCGAAAUAUUUUUCUCAAAGAAAAUGGAGAUAAUCUGUGCACAAUUACGCAUUCGUUUUGCUAUUAUCAAAUUAAAUGUUUAGAAAGAAUAAGUAAAAGAUAAAAAAAGAGGCGUUUAACAUUAUAAUAAUUCUAACUUAGCGAUAUUUGGUUUUUUUUCACAUGCCUAAGAUAUAGAAAAAUUUCGAUUUGUAUGAAAAAAAAAAAAAACAAUAUUUGAAAAAAACAAAAAAUAGCGGCGCAAGAUCGACCGCCGAUUGAGGCAACGAUACGAUCGUUUUAAUCGAGUUUAAGGAUUAUAUGAUUAAUAAGAGAUCGUGCGCAUGGUGCAAUUUAUAAGAUCGGUUGUUGCGGUUUUGCGAGAACAAAAUCUCCUGUUUCUGUCGAACACAACCGCUCUCAAUGCCGAAGGGAAUCCAUUGAAGUCCCAGUGUGACUUUCCUUUCCUUUCUCCUUCUCCUUUUCUUCUGACGCUGUAUCAUUUUAGAACUCUCGUCCUGGCCAGCCUGCGAUCGCGCGGACGUGUCUCGCAUCCGUUCCGUUCGUGUGUCCUGUUACGUUCGCCACUAGCGAACGUUUUCGUGAGAACUCGCUCUUGUAAGAGAUAUAAGUAAGGAAGAUAUCGCGCAUGUAUAAUCGAGAAAGUGUAAUGCAUAGGCAUAAUAUUAUAAUAAUAAUAGUAAUAUUGCAUAACAUACAUAACAAUUGUGAUCGUGAGAGUAUCUGUUACGAAUAAAUCAGUUGCAAAUAAAUCUUGUGACCUUUUUCCAA